AUGGCGACUCAACCUAAGGUUCCCCGUUCCAGCAACGAUUCAGCGGCAGAUGGCGAAUCGGCCAACGCUAACGCAACAAUAGAUGCGAUUGAGGAAGUGCAGAAUGCGAUAGACAACUUGAACGAACAAGCAAGCGAAGAAAUCCUGAAAGUUGAGCAGAAGUACAACAAACUCCGACAGCCGCACUUCGAGAAGAGAUCGGAGUUGAUCGCCAAAAUCCCCAAUUUCUGGCUCACGGCGUUCGUCAAUCAUCCCCAGCUUUCCGACCUGUUGACAACAAGUGACGAGAACGUCCUUAAGCAUCUCAGGAAAGUAGAAGUUCAGGAGUUCGAAGACAUCAAGUCCGGUUUCAGAAUCAACUUCCAUUUCGACAAGAAUGAAUGGUUCAAAAACGCCGUGCUCACCAAGGAAUUCCAUUUGGGAGAUAGUGGUGAACCCUCAUCCACAUUCACUCCUAUUGAAUGGUUUCCAGGCAAGGAUUUGACUGCCAAAGCCAACAGCGGGAAGAAGAACAACGGUGAACAGAUGAAGAAACGCCCCUUCGAAGACCAGUCUCAAGAUAGCUUCUUCUGCUGGUUCACAGACGAAUCCUCUGCAUUUGGGGAUGAGCUCGGUGAAGUAAUCAAGGAUGACUUGUGGCCAAAUCCUCUCCAGUAUUACCUGUCACCAGACAUGGACGAAGAAAACGAAAAUGACGAAGACGAGGACGAGGAGGACGACGAGCAGGAUCUUGACGAGGAGGAAGGCUGCGGUGGUGAUGUUUAG